UGAGAGCGUUAACUUGGUAUUUGGUGCAGCUGAACACGUGUGUUGGUGUGUUGUGGCAACCAAGAAAAACACAGUAAACGCGUGACUUCGCUUCUUAGCAGAAUUCUGGGAAUGGGAAAACACAAAGUUUAAUUUGCUGACUCGAAAGUGAUUUGCUUUCUCUUUCUCCGAAACACGAGUGACAUUUUGACACAUGUGUGCAAAGUGAGAGCAGGGUAACUUUAAAAAUUCCCCUUGAGUGACAUUAUCCCCCCCGGUAUCCGAGAUUGUUAGAAAAAGACGCCAUAUUUCGGGACGGGCGUUUUUCCAUUCUCGGGAGAGCGGGCUUUUGUUAAGAGAGCUGGAUGGCAUCCUCUACCCUCAGUCACGAAUUUGGAGAAUUUGGACUGAGAAUUUUCCGGCACACUAGGAACAAGAUGAGAGAGCGAUAAGGGGGGAAUCCGUGCACGAGGUAUAUAUUUUUGUUUGUUUUGACACUUUCCAAUUCGCAUGUUUAGGAUGACUUGGGAGCCAGUUUCAGCAUUACGGGCAUGUUAACAUUCCGUACAAUUACCUGGUGGUGUAGAGCCUGCCAUCGCGAGACUUCUGGCCUCCCGACCAGCGUGUUGUAUCCCAGUUAUGACAGAAGACUGCCGAACCUCCCGCGUGCAACACGUGCAUCGCAGAACCCGAGGCACUAGCCAAGGAGAGCAGAGGGCGGGAACCUGCGCGUGGCGGGAAGCAGCAGACGACAGUUCUAGUGGAAGAGAUCACGAAAUAGAGAAAGACGCCUCCUCUCUUCUGCGUUUUGUCAACUUGGUAUCCAGGGAUAUAAAAACGGUUCUGGCUUCACCCAACAGAUCUAAGCGUGUUGUCGAUCAUCGGAGAUAUAUCCAGCGGCAGCUAUCAUAUCUGUUAAAGCCUGGCACCGGAACCUCACUGGGUGCUGUGGGCGACCCUUCUCUACAAACACGGAGGUCGUGUUCUGUCAACAACAAGUGGUCAUCUAAGGACACUACUGACCAAAUGACCAACACCUGUAGCAGUAAAGAUCGUGUUUCUCCCCUGCCGGAAAAAUACGCCUUCCUUCUUCCCCCUAACCCCGCCGGCAUGAACUGUUUUCCUACGACGUCGUCAUCGCUACCAACGUCGGCCAAAAGUCAUAUCGAUGUCCGUCAUCUCAGGCCGGGAUUUGUAAACAGUGGGCACUUUUAUGCAUCACAUGAAAAGUCCGAUGUUCCUCUUAGACAGCGCCAUCUGCCAGCAUCGUUCUGGAAGGAACCUAAUGUCCCUAAACAUCAAAUGGUUCCGGGAAUGUUACCUUUCAAUUGGUAUCAGCAAGGACACGAAUACAAGGACUUCUUAGACCGACUCCAUAUAGCUCAAGCCCAUGGACUUGGUGCGGUGGGUAGCAGAUUUCCAAUAACAGAGUUUUUGUAUUACAACUAUGGCAUGAAGAACAGGAUGGACGCACAAGCCACGCCGUUCAGUGACAAUUUAUGGCCUCUUGGCCAUCCACAGCAAAACAAGAAACAUUCAUUACCUACAGUACCACUCACUGGUGGGUGUCCAUACAUUGGGUGUAACUGUACCAAUCCGAACCCAGAGUCAUCCCAUAAAGGACUUGAAUGUCAGGGGCCUGUGCCACCACGGCUAGACUUGCUUCAGUCGUCAGUAUGGAAACCUGUUCCAACCAAAUCAUUGUCGUCAUACCCGACCCGAUUCCACCCAUUUAUGCAUGCGCGGUGAUUUUAUUGUGAUAGUGACAUUGUGAGUGCGUUAUUUAUUAACUGAAGACAUUAUUUGGUCAUUAUAUGACGGAUGUUGGUGCAAGUUCGUGUUCUUAAACUGGAUUUUCCAAAGGAUCACGUUAGAGGCAAGAUUAAAGACAUGAUCGCAUUGGAAAUGCGUAAACGUCAUAAUUGUUGUAUCAUUCAUAAACAAUGUAAACGGUAUAUGGGAUGCAACGCCAUGGAAUCUGAACUAACUGGUGUAUACAUGUAUAUUUACUAUCAAUUGUGUACGUUUCAAACUUAAUGGCUUGCCUUGACUGUUGGAUAACGCCUGACGUACUCAGACUAACUUGUGGACAGUGGCAUGAAUAAUUCCACUCAGUGAAAUGUACAUCCGUGAAACUUGGAGAAUAUAUGCGGACAUGAAAUUCUUACAACCAAGACAAUAGACAAUUAUAUUCAUGAAAUUCACACGGGAUAUUUUCAUGAAGUCUCCAUCACUAAAACUAGUGGAAAUUACAUAAUAUACACAUAUAUUCACUCUUUACUAUCAUAAUAUUUAGUGAAAACUAGAAAACAUGAAAAAGUGUGGGUUUGAAGAAUUGACAUGUCAAACAUAUUUAAGAAGAGGGAAGUAUGUGAUAUUCAUUGAUUUUAGUUGCGUCUGCAAUACGCCAUUAAGUGACCGGGACACCAUUACGUGACUAUGACUUGCACCUGGAUUCAUGGAGCGAACUUUCGGAUUUGCGGCCAAUGUCCGAAUAAUCUAACGAGUGAUCCCAUUGUCUAUACAAACAGUACCAAUCAUAUGCAUGUCACUAUGUUUAUUCAUGUUUACAUUUCUGUUCUCAUCGAGGUAUGUUGUGAUCUAUAAUUUCAUAAUAGCAAACAUAAUACAUUCGUUGCAUAAUCAUAUUGAAUAAUGUUUUAUAAAUUAAAAUAUUGA